UCAUACCAUCUCACUUGUCAGUCUUCAUCGCUUACUGCGUGUCGGUUGAUAGUUUACACUUCUGUUCGCGCGAUGUAUUAAUUAUUCUGUUUGAAAAUACGUUUGGCUCGCGAGUUAAAUGUAUCGAAAUAAUAAAGAAAAACACAUAUUCAACGAAAAUUUUAAGAAUAUAAUGUUGAAGCACAUUUUCGCUGCAACUGUGAUUGUAUUAAUAUGUCUGUCAGGAUCUGAGGCGCAAUACGAUGACAAACGAUGCAAGUGCAUUUGUCCUAGCCUUCUCUCCGUUAUAAAUACAACGCAAUCAUCGUCAGAACGAAAAACGUAUAUCAUAAAUGUUCCACCAUCCGAAUGUAAAUGUGAAAAUGUUGUCUUAUCAAAAGUGGGAGAUCAGUUGAAAGGUAAAGAGGAAAUUUUUUGUUCACGAUGUGAUUGCAAAUAUGAAAAUAGGAACACUACCAUUAUUAAAAUAGUAGUGAUACUUGUUAUUUGGGUUAUAUCACUGUUAGUAAUUUAUAUGUUAUUCCUGAUUUGUUUGGAUCCAUUAUUGAAUAAAAGAAUUCAUAAAGCUUCAACAAAUAUUGGCUAUCAUGAACAUAAUAAUGAAGAUGAUGAUUCUUCAACAGCUCCUGGAACAUUUCAUGCUAUGGGUGAAAGAGGUAAUGUUCUAAAUCGUGUUGGUCAUCAACAAGAUAAAUGGAAACGUCAAGUUCGUGAGCAGAGGCGUAAUAUUUAUGAUCGGCAUACCAUGCUUAACUGAAGUGUAUAGUUUAUAGAAAGAAUUAAAUAUAAUAAAUAACAAUA